GAAGCCGAACCAGUAUAAAACCUGCGUUGCCACUGAUAACGCAAUGAAGACAGUUUUGCUCUGGUUCGGUUGCGUUUUCAAUCUUGCACUCAUAGUAUCUGUCAUUUCGGACGAUUCCUGUGGACAAACGGAUACCGGCGGCGCUGGCUGGAAGUGGCAUGUGCAACUUCUCCACGUGGAAGAAGCACCGGCCCAUGCCUUCCAGUGCAGUGGAACGCUGCUGAAUAAGCUCUUCGUGGCCUCGGCAGCCCAUUGCCUGUAUGAUCUCAACGGUGACCCAAUUGAUAAGAGUCGGUUGGAAAUCGUGUUAGCCGAUGGAGAAAACCGCUCCAUAGUUCGAACCUUUCAGCCGGAGCUGUUUGACGUGGAAGGGCUGAGUAACGAUUUCGUGCUGAUUCAGCUUGACCGGGAAGUGCUGUUCAAUGGGCUGGUGGCACCCAUCUGCCUACCCGAGCCGUACACGGUUCUGCCGCAGAGUGUGCAAACGCCGAUGUUGGACGGAACAACGCUUUCGGUCAACGAAGGCUACAUCUGUCUUAACGAUGCCAAGACGCUGUUUGGAAUGAUCUACAUGGACGCCAUCUGCCUGGGGCAGUUCGAUAAAACUCAUACAUACCAUCGGACGGCGGGAAGCGGAUUGUACGUCGAGCAUAGAUCAAGGUGGCACUUGGUGGGAAUUGCAAUGUAUGGUACUGGGCCUACCAAGGCUCACAUUGCCUACAUUGGUGGAUUUCUGUUAGAAAGGCACUUGAAUUGGACGAGAAGCGUGAUGAACCAUUAUUCGGAAAGCAUACCUUUGAGUGAAAAAAAUUGUCAAACAUACGUGCGUAACUCCAAUCUACCAUUCGAAGAGUAUCAUCCAAUAGUGCAUCUUGUGGCUGCGGAGCAAUAUCCAUUGCGUACCAUUUGCCAUGGAACCUUGAUCAGCCCGCGAUACGUACUGACAACAUCACGAUGCGCAUUAAAAACGAAAAGCAUCUUUAUACACUACGGAGCCGAAGGGAGCUCAGACUGGUUUGAAGCGAAAGAUUUUUCCACAUCGGGAAGUCUGGCUUUGAUCGCACUCGAUCAUGAUGCUAAGGAAAAUUCAAGCAUUCUGAGUUGUCUAUACUCGCGGGUGACCCCGAGCUCGCUCAACUACACGACGCGAAUCGCCCAUAUGGAUUCAUUUGUCCGACUGGAAGUAAUACGCGUUCAAUAUCGGGUCGACGAACCGCUGAAGAUGCAGUACUAUUGUUCACGGUAUCUGUAUCAUGGCCAUUUCACCAGCCCCGGAGACGCACUGGUAGUCAAAGACGAUGGUGAACCGUUCUACCGAGUGGUGGGCGUGCUGGAAGACGUUCUGAACUGCGAACCAUUCGACUACUUCUAUGAACGAGGGAAAACUGUGGAGGUCAUCAACGUUGAGAAGUACCUGCCGUGGAUUGAAAAUGUAGUUUGGGGGUCCAAAUAAAUUUGUUGAAAAAGA